CGCCCAUCUGCAGAGCAUGUCAAGAGCGACGGUUUACUAUGGCGCAGUGAUCAAUCCAACGAGUCUCACGGAGUACCGCUCCUCGCCGCAAAGCUUGAUCGCAGUCUCGGCCCAAGGAGACAUCGACUGGGUGGUCUACGAUGUUCAGGACUCCAUGGUCCAGCAGGUCAUGGCGGAAAGGGGAUAUACAGAAGCUGAUGUAGUCGUACUCAAGCGAGGGGAAUUUAUCAUGCCCGGAUUUGUCGAUACACAUACCCAUGCGCCCCAAGUUCCUAACAUGGGCAGCGGACAACAAUAUGAACUACUGGACUGGCUAAAUGAGGUUACAUUUCCGGUAGAGUCCAAGUUCUCGGAUGUCACUUUCGCGCGAAGAACGUAUCAAUCAGUCGUGCGGCGCAAGAUUGACUCUGGGACCACCACGUGUUGCUACUACGGCAGUUUGCACCUUGAGGCAACGAAAGUAUUGGCGGACGUCGUUCAUGAACUCGGCCAACGCGCCUUCGUUGGAAAAUGCAAUAUGAACAAUAACUCCCCGGAUUAUUACAUCGAGCCUUCGGUCGAAGUAUCUGUGCAGGCAACGGAAGCGCUGAUACAAUAUGUCCGUUCCCUCCCGCCCACGCCAUGGAAUUCUCCAGACUCCUCUGCCGAGCCUCUGGUGCACCCUAUCAUCACACCGCGCUUUGCGAUAUCUUGCACAUCGGAUCUGAUGACUCAGCUGGGCGCGCUGGCAUCUAGGGAUCCUUCGCUUCGCAUCCAAACCCAUAUCUCGGAGAAUGCGAACGAGAUUGCCUUCACGAAAGAGCUUUUCCCAGAUUGCGAGACAUACGCAGAGGUGUACGACAAACACGGUCUGCUGAAGGAGACGACCGUAUUGGCACAUGCCGUUCACCUCGAGCCUGCGGAGGUAGAGCUCAUCAAGAAGCGCAAUGCGGGCGUCAGCCAUUGUCCCACAAGCAACUUUAACAUUCGAAGUGGAAUGGCCAAGGUUGGGCAUCUUCUGGACAAUGGAAUCAAAGUUGGCUUGGGAACAGACGUAUCUGGCGGAUUCUCGCCGUCCAUCCUCACGGCUGUGCAACACGCCAGCAUUUGCUCCAAGAUGGUAGCGCUGCAGACUCCUUCGGACAUGGCGGAAGGCGCAGGCCAUGGUCACACUCCGCGAUUUGCCAACCGCCAGUUAUCUGUCCCGACGCUGCUGUAUCUCGCUACGAAAGGCGGCGCAGAUGUAUGCAAUCUCUCGCACCGCAUCGGGUCCUUCGAAUCGGGCAAGAGCUUCGACGCGCUCUUUGUGAGCAUGCGCAGUGAGACGGGCAACCCGGCCGUGUGGGGCGUAGACGUCGACUGGGAGCUUGGCUUGGGUGUCGGCGCCGAAGUUGGCGGAGGCGAAACGGCGCAUGCGCUGCUGUCCAAGGAGUUGGAUGGGAUGCUUGAACGGUUCUUCUUCUGCGGGGACGACAGGAAUAUCCGGCGAAUUUACGUGCAAGGGAGGAUGAUCGGCGGUAGCCUCUUCCAGCCGUAGCCGAAUUUUUGUGCAGUCCACAUUUUCAUCAUGGAGCGACCGAAUAAUAAUCUGUUUCGG